AUGUAUAGCAUCAUAUCUACUGAUGGGUGACAAAUUCAAAGGAAAACCAGUGGCUCUAUUAUGUUGUGGGGACAUUUUUUCUACAUGAUUUGGGUCCCUUUGUUCUUCUGUCUGAUCACAUAGGUGUUGUAAAAGGCUGCUUCAUAUUACAGGUUUUGGAUGCAUGACAAACCUUUUGUCUUCUAAAAGGCAUCCAUAAAUUUCUUUACAUAUUAAAGGUAUAACACGGAUACUGGAACCAAAAGUUUCAGGUUUGGAUCUCUUCCUAGUAACAGGAUUAAAUCUCAGGUACUUAAUGUAACAUUGUCCUGGAAAAAAAAAAUUAAGAUCUUUUAGUGGACAGUUGAAACCCUCCAUGAAACAGUAUUAACUCAUAUUGUCAAGAGAUUCCAUGAAAUACACAUCACAAUGGCUCUGCUACAAGAUUUGCAUUUGAGGAAUGCAGUUAUACAUUCACUUUGAUUAUGCUAAUAAUCUGUUUCGCAGUCACUCAUGUGAGCCUUGGAAUGAGUUUGCUUUGGCAUAGUUGUAGACAUUCAUGGUAGACAGGCAGUGCUUCUGUGCUCUAGUAAUGCUGAGAUUGCUCAAUGCUGAGCUGCAUUGAGAACAGGUUUAGAGAGCUUGAAUGCCUUCUGCUGAGGCAGGCCAUCCCACUACUCUUUGCAGCUCCGCUCGUCUUUCAAUGAUGGAGCACCGGUGUUCAUUGUUCUCCAGCCAAUGGGAAUGGUCCAAAAGACUUUAGCUAUGUGUAUGCAUAUGUGCAUGCAUGGCACACAUGUGGCAUGAAAGUCUUUUGCCUCAAACCCUGGCCUCCACUCCAUGACCAGGUGAAGUGGGCGUCAUUUAGCAGGACAGCCAAUCAGAGGUCAGCGCUUUGGAUUUAUGCCAGGGAUUUUGGACUUCUAAGGCCUAAACGUUGUUGGCCAAAGGCUGUUUUUACAACACCAAAUAAACAUCUUUGUGAGACAAGAUGCCCUACACACCAUCAGGCUUUUUUUGUGACCGGCUGAUCCGGGAGAGAGAGAGAAAGGAUGGAGAAGGAUCUGUGAACAAACCUCUUCAAUUCAGUGGCCAGGACUUUAAUGCCCUGAAACAGGAUUGUCUUAAGAAAAAGGUGCUGUUUGAGGAUGAUACCUUCCCAGCCAAUGUGGAGUCCCUGGGUUACAAGGAACUGGGCCCCAAGUCCAACAAGGUCAAGAACAUUGUCUGGAAAAGACCCAAGGAUAUUUGUGAUAAUCCACAGUUCAUCGUUGGAGGUGCCAGCAGAACAGACAUCUGUCAGGGAGACUUGGGAGACUGCUGGCUGCUUGCUGCCAUUGCUUGUCUUACGCUGAACGAUAAGCUACUGUAUCGGGUUGUUCCUCAAGAGCAGAGUUUCUCUGACAAUUAUGCGGGAAUCUUUCAUUUUCAGUUCUGGCGUUACGGUGACUGGGUGGAUGUUGUAGUUGAUGAUCGGAUCCCUACCAUCAAUAACCAGCUGGUGUUCACCAAAUCUGCUGAGAGGAAUGAGUUCUGGAGCGUACUUCUUGAGAAAGCGUAUGCCAAACUGCAUGGUUCUUAUGAGGCUCUGAAAGGUGGAAACACUGCCGAGGGGAUGGAAGACUUCACUGGAGGAGUAACUGAGUUUUAUGAAAUGAAGGAGGCACCCAAAGACCUUUACAAGAUCAUGAAGAAGGCCUUGGAGCGAGGCUCCCUUAUGGGUUGCUCUAUUGAUGCCUUGGUCCCAGCCCGCUUGGAGACUCGCACCACGACUGGGCUAGUGAAAGGUCAUGCCUAUUCUGUAACUGCUGUGGAGGAGUGUAAACAGAGCGCACAAAAAGAAUCUAAAGUGCGUCUGGUGCGUCUCCGUAAUCCGUGGGGCCAAGUGGAGUGGAAUGGACCUUGGAGUGAUAAUUCAAAGGAGUGGGCUACCAUUUCUAAGAAAGAGAAAGAAAACCUGCAUCUACAGAAUGCAGAAGAUGGAGAGUUCUGGAUGUCCUUUGCUGAUUUCACGAAGAACUACACCAAGCUGGAAAUCUGUAACCUGACCCCUGAUGCUCUGGAUGAUGAUAAGCUCCACAAGUGGACAGUGUCUGUGAAUGAGGGGCGCUGGGUAAAAGGCUGCUCUGCUGGAGGCUGCAGGAAUUAUACUGACACCUUUUGGACAAACCCACAGUAUCGCCUUCGCCUCCUUGAGGAGGAUGACGACCCGGACAACAGUGAGGUGGCCUGCUCCUUUGUGGUGGCUCUCAUGCAGAAAAACAGAAGAAAAGAACGCAAACUGGGUGCCAAUUUAUUCACUAUUGGAUUUUCCAUCUAUGAGGUGCCAAAGGAGAUGCAUGGUAACAAGCAGCACAUGCAGAAGGAAUUCUUCCUGCUGAACUCAACCAAGGCUCGCUGCAAGGCCUACAUUAACUUGCGGGAGGUGACUCAACGCUUCAGGCUGAGCCCUGGGGAGUAUGUCAUUGUGCCUUCCACCUAUGAGCCCCACCAGGAAGGCGAGUUUCUCCUCCGUGUCUUCUCUGAAAAGAAGAACAUCUCUGAGGAAAUAGAGAACAGGAUCGAAGCUGACCAUCCAGUGCCAGCUCCAGCCUCAGCAGGGGAAGAGACUGAGGAGGACCAGCAGUUCCGUACCAUUUUUCAGCAGAUAGCUGGGGAUGUGAGUACUAGGGAGCCAGAGAGCGCUGGGGGGACAGAAAUGGAGAUCUCAGCCAACGAGCUGAGAAAUGUCCUGAACAAGGUGUUGGCUGAGCACAGGGACAUGAAUAAAGAGGGCUUCAGUCUAGAGAGCUGCCGUAGCAUGAUUGCCUUCAUGGAUAUGGAUGGAACAGGCAGACUUAAUCUACAAGAGCUUAGACAGUUGUGGAAUAAGAUCAAACAGUGGCAGGAAAUUUUUAAGCACUAUGAAGCUGAGCAUACUGGCUUCAUCAGCAGCUAUGAGAUGAGAAAUGCCAUCAAUGAUGCAGUCAUGUGUGUUAUGUGUCAUUCAGGGUUCCGUCUCAACAACCCACUGUACAACAUUAUCACAAUGCGUUACGCCAAUGAGAACAUGAACAUCGACUUUGACAGCUUUGUUAGCUGUCUUGUGCGUUUGGAGGGGAUGUUCAGAGCUUUCCAGGCCUUUGAUCAGGAUGGAGACGGCACUAUCAGUCUGUCUGUACUGGAGUGGCUCCAGUUGACUCUGUAUGCCUAAACACACUCAGGAUUCCGGUGAACCCAAAGAACAGGACCAGAACCACCAGCCUUUACCUCAAACUCAGUGUGCCAAACCUCUGCCACUUCUCCCUUUGUAUUUUUAGCCUUGAUAUAGCACAAUUGUUUACAAUCUUCACAUAAAAUAGUCAUUACUAAACUUUAACACCAUUCCACAUUCCGGAGAGUUUUGGAGAGUCAAGGACAGGUGAUACGUCAGUCACAUGUAGUGAUAGGCAUGAUGUCAUCAUCUCUUCAACAGGUUGAAAGCAGGUUUUAGACCAGGUUAGAGGUUUUGCAGUAUCUCCCAAGUGUCCUGAGGCUCACCUUCCAUGUACUCAGUGGCACCAUUCAUCUCUAGAACUCUGUUUUAACCUAAACACUUUUACUUUCUUUCCUUUCCUUUACUGCAGUGCUCAAGGUGUCAGGCCACUGUUUGCUACUGUUCAUACUCCUUUCAUUUUGUUCUUCUUUAGGCCUGUCUUCUUAUCUCUUUCUCACCCAUAUACCAACACCGGAAACCUCUUGCUUCCUGUUACAAUACAGUACCUCAGAUUAUUCUUUAAAUACCUCUGCUCUGUUUUUUUUUUUUUUUAAAUCUUUUACCGACUGGCUAUGAUAACCAAAUCCAUAAACUUGAAUUCAAUUAAAGAUCGGUGUUCGCACACAUUUCACAACAGCCACCUUUCAGGCCAUUUCACAUUUGUUGUUGGAAGAUUCCUCUGUUUUUGUUUCCACAAGCCUGUUCACAAGUUGUUUGGUGGAAAAACAUUAAUAGCAAGAGGAAAUACCUAACAGAACCCACUCAAAUGCAGAACUCAGAAAUGUGUUCAGGGUUUGUUUCCACUACAUAUGUGGAGAUUAAACUUGGGCUUAUUUUGGCGAUAAAUACAUUUAAGGUUUGGUCAGAAGAGUCUACUGAGUUCUUAACCUCUUUAAU